GCGGAAUCGCACUGCCCGCCUCCCGCCUCACGCGGCUCGUAGUGGGCGAAGUUUUGGGGGGGCCUCAGUCGCGACUCCGCGCGAGCCGCAGGAUGGCCCUGAAUGCCGAGAACCGGCCGCAGAGGCAUCCGGAGAACCCAGUUGUCUUCUUCGACAUCUCCAUCGGAGGCCACCCGGUGGGCCGCAUCAAGAUGGAGCUCUUCCGCGACGUGGUCCCCAAGACCGCGGAGAACUUCAAGCAGCUGUGCACCGGGGAGUUCAAGUUGAACAAGGUGCCGAUCGGAUACAAAAACUGCACCUUCCAUCGGAUCAUCAAGGAUUUCAUGAUCCAGGGUGGCGACUUCGUGAAGGGCGACGGCACAGGCAGUCUGAGCAUCUUCGGCGAGCGAUUCCCCGACGAGAACUUUGUGCUGAAGCACGACAAGCCGGGGCUGUUGUCCAUGGCCAACAGCGGCGCCAAUUCCAAUGGCUGCCAGUUCUUCAUCACCGCCAACAAGUGCGACUGGCUGGAUAACAAGCACGUGGUCUUUGGACAGGUGCUGGACCCAGCCUCCAUGCUGGUGGUCCGGAAGAUUGAGAACGUGGCGGUGGGCGCCGGGAGCAAGCCCCGCCUUUCCGUGCUCAUCACCGAGUGUGGGGAGCUCUGAGCCGCUGUUCCUAUGAGGUUUGCUGGGACAGUCCAGCGUGCAACACCGGCGCGAAACGGGGC